AUGGCAUACAAUGGACGGCGGGGCCCAAAUGUAUCGGAAUACAUUGCGAACCUGAACGCAAUUCCAACACCGCAAGAUUUACAACAUUCCAAUCAUGAUCCAUUCAACGUGGAUGAUGAUUUGGCCAUGUUUACGAACGCACAAUUCUUCGACUUCGAUUUAGACCAAAAUGUCAAUGCCAGUGCCGGUGGUGGUACAGAUUUGCAGGCACCAAACUUCGAUGGAGUUGGAGCGCAAUCUACUGCGGAUAGUGUUGAUAUGGAAUUAAAGGACAUGGAUUUUGGUAUUACAGGUGAUUUCGGUUUCCCGGACUUCAGUACCUUUACCAACAGUCAUCCUACCAAUUUUGGUAGUCAUAAUGCCAUACCUCCAAUAAUCCAUCCAAUUCAAACCGGCCAUCAAAUAUAUCAACCUCCUUCCUCAGCCGGUUCCCCUACAUCUGCACUCGUCUCCCCUCAAAUUGGCGAAAAGCGCAAAGCCGAAUCUUUAUCUGAUGGACGAUCUCCAGAUUUCGAAGAUGCAUCACGUAUGGUUGCGGAAGAAGACAAACGUCGAAGAAACACUGCCGCUUCGGCCCGCUUCCGAGUCAAGAAGAAGCAACGCGAGCAAGCUCUUGAGCGAUCAGCGAAAGACAUGAGCGAUAAAGUUUCUGCUUUGGAGGGUCGUAUCAAUCAAUUAGAGACCGAAAACAAAUGGCUGAAGAAUCUGAUUACGGAGAAGAACGAAAGUAAAGAGGAUAUCGCCGCAUUAUGGAAAAAAUACACCAAAGACGCUGGUGAUAGGAAAGGUGCUGAACGCAAAGAUGGAGUGGGCACAGAAGCUUAA